UGGCGGGAUACGGGCGGGCGGCUUGUCCGCUCUUCUCUGCUGUUCUGCCCGGGCUGCAGGUGCUCGAGGGCGUUGCGUUGGAGUUCCGUGGCCCAACGUCACGAUGCGGGUGGCUGUGGCCGGCUGCUGCCACGGCGAGCUGGACAAGAUCUACGAGACUCUGGCGCUAGCGGAGCGGCGCGGCCCGGGACCGGUGGAUCUCCUUCUGUGCUGUGGCGACUUCCAGGCGGUGCGCAAUGAGGCCGACCUGCGCUGCAUGGCCGUGCCGCCCAAAUACCGCCACAUGCAGACCUUCUACCGAUACUACUCUGGAGAGAAAAAGGCCCCGGUUCUCACCAUCUUCAUUGGAGGAAACCAUGAAGCUUCAAACCAUUUGCAAGAGUUACCCUAUGGUGGCUGGGUGGCGCCAAAUAUUUACUAUUUAGGUUUGGCUGGUGUUGUCAAAUACCGAGGAGUAAGGAUUGGUGGCAUCUCUGGCAUAUUUAAAUCUCAUGACUAUCGAAAAGGUCAUUUUGAGUGUCCCCCUUAUAAUUCGUCUACCAUAAGGAGUAUAUAUCAUGUGAGAAAUAUAGAGGUCUACAAAUUAAAACAGUUAAAGCAGCCUGUACAUAUAUUCUUAUCUCAUGAUUGGCCAAGAAAUAUAUAUCAUUAUGGAAAUAAGAAGCAACUUCUUAAGACCAAAUCUUUUUUCCGCCAAGAGGUGGAAAAUAGCACACUAGGAAGUCCCGCUGCCUCGGAGCUGCUAGAGCACCUAAAGCCCGCAUACUGGUUCUCGGCACACCUACACGUGAAGUUUGCGGCCUUGAUGCAGCAUCAGGCCACAGAUAAAGAACAAGCAGGCAAGGAAACCAAGUUUUUAGCCUUGGACAAGUGCUUGCCACACAGAGACUUUCUUCAGGUGUUAGAGAUAGAACAUGACCCCAGUGCUCCUGAGUACUUAGAGUACGACGUUGAAUGGCUUGCUGUCCUCAGGGCCACUGAUGACCUGAUGAAUGUGACUGGGGGCCUAUGGAAUAUGCCUGAAAACAAUGGUCUGCAUACAAGGUGGGAUUAUAGUGCAACCGAAGAAGCCAUGAAAGACGUAAUGGAGAAAUUGAACCAUGACCCCAGAAUCCCCUGUAACUUCAGCAUGACAGCUGCUUGUUAUGAUCCUAGUAAGCCACAGACACAAGUGCAGCUGGUGCACAGGAUCAGUCCGCAGACUACUAAAUUCUGUGCCCAGCUUGGCAUCACAGACAUUAACGUCAUGAUUCAGAAGGCCAAGGAAGAGCAUCAUCUGUGUGGUGAAUAUGUACAGCAGGGUGAUCUGGGGACUGAUGACUCUGAGGAGGACCGGAGUGAAUACAACACAGACACGUCUGCCCUGUCCUCCAUUAAUCCAGAUGAAAUAAUGUUGGAUGAGGAAGAGGAAGAGGAGGAAGCUGUAAGUACCCAUAGUGACAUGAACACGCCUUCUGUGGAACCUUCUUCUGAUCAAGCUUCUGACCUCUCCACAAGCUUUUCUGACAUCAGGAACUUACCAAGUUCCAUGUUUGUGUCUUCUGAUGAUGCCUCCCGUUCUCCAGCUAGUGAGGAGGGGAAAUCUGGUGAAACUGUAGAGUGUGGGGAUGAAAAAGACUUGGUUGAGUUUUCAGUGAAGAGGCUUAGUAAUGAACACGAACCUGAACAAAGGAAGAGGAUAAAGAGGAGGAACCAGGCCAUCUACGCUGCAGUGGAUGACGAGGAUGCCAACGAUGAGUAGGACAGAGGACUUGAUGUGGUAAAUACAGGUGUAUGAUUUCAAGACCCGAUUUUUAGCACAGAAUUUCUGAUUUAAUGACUGGACUUUGUAAUAAUGAAAUGAUGGAAUUUUGGUUAUAUGCUCUGUAUUUAGGUGUAUGUUUAUAUGAUUCAGAUAUAUACUUAUUAAAAUUUCAUAUGAAAUUUGA